AUGGGAAUGAUGGUUGAGCCUUCAAAGAGAGAACUCUCUCCUGUUGGAUCUCCAAAUGGAUCAGCAGCAACUACAACAGAACCUUUAGCUAAAAAGCAAAAUGUUGAAAAACCAAACACAAAUAAUAGUGAAGAAACUCAACAACAAUCUGAACAACCAAAGAAACAAUUUAAGAAAUUCGAAAAACAAAAGAAGAAGAGAAAAUAUAAACAAAAAGAAAUUGAUCAAACUGCUCCAUUAGGUAUAUUACAGUUUGAAAUCAAACAAAUUUUAGAAGCAAAUAACCUUGGAGAAGAUGAAAUCUUAAAUGACAUCAAUAGACUAUUGAAUGAACCAGAAUUAGCACCAACUUAUCAUAGAGAUGUCCAAAAUGUGCCAGUUUUAAAAUUAUCAUCAAAUGGUGAUGGUUUAGCAUUGAUUCCACAUCCAGUUAAUGAGAAACACAAACAAAUUGUCAUCAUACCUUUUGCUAUACCUGGUGACAUUGUUGAUCUUAGAGUUUUCAAAACUCAUCCAAAUUAUGUUGAAUCUGAUUUACUUAAAAUUGUUACACCUUCAUUUGAAAGAGAUAAUUCAUUAAUUAAAUGUAAAUAUUUUGGUAAAUGUUCAGGUUGUCAAUAUCAAGAAUUACCAUAUCAAACACAAUUAGAAUACAAAAGACGUACAGUUCGUAAUGCAUAUGAACACCUUGCUCAAGAAUUAGUUGCACAAGGUAAAGUUCCAGAAAUUGGUGAAACAGUUGGAAGUCCUUUAAUGUUUGGUUAUAGAACAAAAUUAACUCCACAUUUUGAUGUUCCUAGAAAAGGUUCAUUAGCUGAAAGACCACCAAUCGGGUUUGGUAAAAAGGGUAAACCUGAAUGGAGACAAGCUGAAGGUGGCGAUAAAAGUGUAUUGGAUAUCGAAGAAUGUAUUAUUGGUACUAAAAUCAUCAAUAUUGGUAUGAAGAAUGAAAGAGCUAAAUUUGAUAAAGAAUGGAAUAAUUAUAAAAAAGGUGCAACUGUGUUAUUAAGAGAACAUACAAGAGUUGCACCAAAUGAAGAAGUUGCAAACAAAACUGAAUUUCAAAAUGAACAUGAUGGUUCAAGAGAUCCAGAAACUAAUGAAGUCAGUGUUGAUAUCUCUGUCAAUGAAGAUGAAGCUUUAGUCAAAUCAUGUGUUACAAAACCAAGACAAAUAGUUACUGAAUAUAUUAAUGGGUUUACAUUUGAAUUUAGUGCAGGUGAAUUCUUCCAGAAUAACAAUUCAAUUUUACCAAAAGUUACAGAAUUUGUUUGUUCAAAUUUACAAAUUCCAAGACCUGAAGGUACACCUUUAUAUUUAGUUGAUGCUUAUUGUGGUUCUGGUUUAUUCAGUAUCACAGCCUCUAAAGGUGUUGAUAGAGUUGUUGGUGUUGAUGUUAGUGCUGAUAGUGUUAAAUUUGCACAAAAAAAUGCAGAAAGAAAUGGUGUUAAGAAUGCAGAAUUUAUCGAUGGUAAAGCUGAAAAGAUUUUUGCUAAAAUUGAUACACCAAGUGAUUUAACAUCGGUUAUUAUUGAUCCAAGUAGAAAAGGUUGUGAUGAAGUUUUCUUAAAUCAAUUAAGUGAUUACAAACCAGCAAGAGUUGUUUAUGUCAGUUGUAAUGUUCAUUCACAAGCUAGAGAUAUUCAAUGGUUCUUGAACAAUACUAAAAAUGGACCAGAAUAUAAAAUUGAAAGUGUUAGAGGUUUUGAUUUCUUCCCUCAAACUCAUCAUGUUGAAAGUGUUGCUGUUUUAACUAGAGUUAAUUAG